CUAAUUGAAUUAACUUUGUUUACUUUAUUUGUGUGUGUUUCUUUAGCAAUUGAGUUUUGAAGUAAUUGAAUUUUUGAAAUAAUUCAUUUAAUAGACAUUUGUGAAAAUCAAAAAAUGCCUAAAAUGAGUCAUAAUUUGAAUAGGUGAUUUUUUUUGACAAUUCAAUUAUUUGAAUUGGAAUUCGAAUAUUCGAAAUCGAAUAUUCGAAUAUGAAUAUACUCAAAUACAAUAUACGAAUCGAAUAUGAAUCUAUUGUAAGAUUAGAAUAAUAUCCGAAUACGAAUACGAAUAUUCGUCAAUUUAUACGAAUAAUAUUGCUCACUAUUCGAUUCGAUUCGUUUACCACCCUAGCCAUAAUUGCAUACCACUUAGAAUAGAUAGUAGUAUUAACUUCACAGUCCGCCACGAACCUUCCUAAAAAAGUGUCACGAACCAAAAGCAAUCAAUCCACCAACGAAGCCCACCGUUUUUUACCAACAAAGCCACUUUUUUCACCGACCCUAUUUUUAGACCCAAUUUCUCUCUGGCCCCUCCCCCGCGGCCCGCCUCAAUCACAUCGCCUUCCACAAAAUCAGGAAACGGAAUUCCUUGAUUCUCCGCCGAAAUGGCCGAAUCGUCACCGUCAAAGGAAGAAUCACUGGAUGCACCACUCCACACAAUCGGCUUCGAGAUCGGCGACCUCUCCCCGGAGAAAGUCACCGGGCGGCUGCAGGUCACCCCCAAGUGCUGCCAGCCUUUCAAGGUGCUGCACGGCGGGGUUUCUGCGCUCAUAGCGGAGGCGCUGGCUAGCAUCGGCGCGCACAUGGCGUCCGGCUUCAGGAGAGUCGCCGGGGUUCACCUAAGCAUCCACCACCUCAGGCCCGCCCGCGUCGGCGACGCCCUUCUCGCCGAGGCGACGCCGGUGAACGCCGGGAGGACUAUUCAGGUUUGGGGGGUGAAUAUUUGGAAGGCCGCCGGUGAAGGCUGCGGCGAAGAGAAGGGAGUUCUGAUAUCGUCGGCCAGAGUGACUGUGAUGGCGAACAUGCAUGUACCGGAACACGCCAGAGACGCUGCUGAGAAUCUCAAGAAAUAUGCCAAAUUAUAAUAAACUAGUAAACUCACCCGUGUCAAAUUUAUGUGUGCUUAGUGAUUCAAAUUCCACUAUCAAUUAAUGUCAUCAUCUAUCUUAUCUUCAUGUAAUACUAAUAUACAUAAAAGCAUUAAACGAAACACACUUAUUAU